UACAAAAAUCAAUCAAUGACAUAAUUUCGUUCAAGUCGUGACCGUAAAUCUCAAAGAAUUAAUAAUAUUUACCGACGGUUUCUUUUAAAAGAAGGAUGAAUCCAUCCUUUUGUAAAAACAAAGUAAAAAGUGCAUUAUGGGUGGUAUUUUUCACUUGUUUAACGUUGAGUUUUUGGAAGACAUCAUCUCUGUAUACUUUAUUUGAUUAUUCUUCAAAUAAUGUGACAAUGUUGCCCACUGUCGGAUUUCUCGCAGCCAACUCAACUAGGAUAAACUGUCGGGGCGUCCUUGACAUCAUCGUAUCAGGAACUUGGAAAAGUAGGCCAAUGACGUCAAAUCAGAAGGCAGAAAUGAGGAAAUUCCUUGAAAUAGCUAGAAAUGGACAUGCAUUGCCUCCAACUCUACAAAGAAAAGAUAAAAAAUGUGGAAAUGUCAAUUUUUUGAAAACGGGACGUCAUUUUCGUGCCCUUUGUGACCAGUAUGGAUCCACUCCAUGUUGUUAUAACAACACGUGCGUUGCUAAGGAGGUAGAAGAAUGUAGAUGUAAGAAUUGUUUUGAUACAAGACAAAGUCUUCAUGCUGAAUAUGCUGAUUGGCUGCCUUCUGAUAAAGGAUGCCAUCUUAGAAAAUAUAACAACAGGACAGCUUGUCAAUUAUUAGCGGGAAGAACUAUUCUCUUUAGUGGCGAUUCGUUAAUGAGACAUAUGUAUACAUCAUUGUUACUACUGCUACGUAACAAUACCUUUGAUGGCGCCAUGAAGAAGAACGUUACUAAAGAUAUUCACGACAAAUGCACUGGUAUGUUCAUGUUCACCGAAAAAAUAUGUCGUCUGCAGCUAGACAUUGCACCACGUGACCUUUGUGGCGGGCAAUUUGAACUCAUCUUUACCGAGUACUACCAUACUGGCCUUAGUAGAAAAUUUGUUGACAAAGUAAAGGAACUAAUGGCAAGAAAGAAAGUUCUAAUAAUAGCUGGAAUCGGCUUCCAUUCAGGAUUCAACCAUAGAGUCAUCAUGGAUCAAUACGUUGCACCUGCCCUUAAAGUCAUUCAAAAACAUAAUGGCACCCAGUUUCUUUUUGCUCCACCACACUGUCCGGGACUACUUAAAAAUUCAUGGAAUGGACAAUCGAAAGAAAUUAUCGAACAGUACGUUGUCAGGAUGAAAAAAGAAUUAAAGCCGCAUAAUGUACCAAUAUUCGAUACGUGUAACCUCACUAGCGGGAUGGAGAGUUUUGACGGAACUCAUUUUGGAUUGGGUAUUAAUAUGCUCAAAGUUCAACUAUUGUUGAAUUAUAUACAAGAACUACAAGUAAAUAAUAAAUGGUAAGGGAUGAAUGAAAGAGUGAACCCUAUUUAACAAUGUCUAAUAAAGUGUAUUUAACUUGUUUGUUGUGUAACGCCUUCUGACGCACGUUUAUUUUCAAUAAAUAGACUUACGAGGUAUUACCAUAUCACCCAUGAUAUAGCGCGGUUGUAAACUAACUAUUUAGUUGUUCUCAUGGACAAUAACCAUAAAUCUCACUGUCCGACUGCGAUCGCUGUAUGAACUGACAUUAUUGCCAUUAUUGUUUUAUAUAUAUAUACCUUUUCUAAUUUUCACAUUAUGCCAUUUUUAGUUGUAUCUUGAUUAAUGUCCAAUUCGUCACAUUUGUUUGAAAUAAGGGAUUGCAACUUGAGUACAUCAGUUACGAUUGCCUUAUUGUGUGGUGUCGUAAGCCGUAUUAUGUUAUAUUUAUAGCACGGCUUUCACGAGUCAACAGCUUUAAGUGUAAACCAGCAAAAGAGUGCAAUAACAUUGAACAUGUCUAGUUAUUGAACGGUUAAGCUCCACCCAAUCUACUAGAGGGAAAACAAUCUGCUUAUUCAACGAAAAGUGCAAAGGAAGAUUUCCCGUCCAUGUUACAAAUGGGAUUCUUCAUGCUGUUAUACUUGGGUUAACCAAUUAUGUAAUUAUAGGAAGAAAGGAAGUUGAGAAUAUCAACAAUCAGUGCUGCUGGAACGGGAUCAAGCUGGUUAGUGCUAAAUGAUAAGACCAGCUAAAUUUUUCGUCACAGGUCACGAGAUGUAAACAGGGCAAGCGCUAAUCCCAAUCCAAACCCUAAUCCUGGACCUAGCCCACAUGCUUACCCUAACUUCCCGUCCAUGUUACAAAUGGGAUUAUACAAUAUGAUUAUUUUGCAUAACUUUAGUAUUCCUUUCAUACCUCUAGCUAUCUUUGUGGUUUUUGUUUUGUUUUGUUUUGUUGGGUUUUUUUACCGUUUCUUUGUGUUUCUGUUUGUUCUACUGAAUGUUUUUUUUAUGAUUUUUGUUUUGAAGUUUUAAUGUGAUUCUAAGAUAUGAUGUUACACACUAAAUGUAAUGUGAACUAUGUACUAUGUCGGGUUUUUUUUAUUGAUUAUUAAAUAAAGGCUUUAUGGGUGUCUAAUGCUAGAAAUGAUUCCACUAUUGGUGACUUCCAUCUUGCUCCAGCCACAGUAGUGGGUCGUUCUAAGGAUUUCUUUUGAGCAAGUUUUGUAAUCAAAAAUAAAAAGAAUACUUGCCUAU